AUGUCAUCUAAUAAGAAGAGUGACGUGUGGUUGCACUUCUCGGAGGAGAAGGAUAAGAAGGUUAAGUGUAAGUUGUGUGGUCAGCAGUUGUCGGUGUCAAAUAAAUCGACUUGCGGCCUUAUUCGUCACAUGAACAGACGACACCAGUUCCAGAGAAUCUCUAGACAGGCGCAACCUGUAGAAGAAGUACUUCUUGACAUCGAAGGCAGUGAGCUCAACAACAACAUCAGUGAAGUCAACAACAACAUCAGUGAAGUCAACAACAACACCAGUGCAGUCAACAACCAUAACCCCCAUCAGCUCAACAAUAGCACAGUAGCACCGCAGGUCCCUGCUCAGAUCCAACCACGGGCAUUAAACGCAUCGCAGCCACAAGUAACAAACUUUUUAUAUAAACCUCUUCCAAUAAAGAAGCAGCGCGAAAUCGAUCAACAG